CUCUGUACAGAAAGAGCGAGAUAAAGGCUACUCUGACUCAGAGACGCGAUUCGUUCUUCAAAUUCCUGAAUAGGAACCCUAAUUUAAUCUGUUUUCAGUUUCCUUAUUUAGCGGAAUCUCUGUAAUCUUUCGCUUAUUCCACCAUUAAUGUUCUGCAAAACUUAGUUUUAAGCUCUCAUAUUUUUAAUCUUACGCUUCGGUUGGUGUUUGAAUUAAACAAAGUUUGUUGAAUCGUCGAAAAUUAUUCGCUGCUUUUUUCCAUUUUUGGAUUCUCUAUAUUUAGCGGAGAUUUAUCCGAAGAUUUGCUUCCUUUGCUUUUUGAUUGAUUUCAUUCGCCCUGCAAGCGGCGAUUCUUCUUAUCACAUGCUGUGCUUGAGGCCCACGUUGUCGGUGAAAGAAUCAGAGCUUACUAUUGUUUCGUGGAAACAGUUUUAUGGCAAGGGGAGAGCGAAAAAGCUCUCUGUUGAUAAGAAAUUUGAGGUUAGAUUAUCUCAUUCGUUGAGAGGAAGGUAUUCAAUGGCGAUGGAACCGACGGGGAAGAUGACCGGCGCUUCUUUGUCGCUGCUUUUCACAUCUGGAGCGAGUGGACGGGCAAAUGCUCUGCUAUCGCUGCGGGUGUUGAAGAGUCUAGUAAUGCUGAUUAAUGCGUUUGUGAUGCUCCUUCUCGUGCCAUUCCGAGGGCGGAGACGCUGCGUGAUGGUAUCGGCUGAGAAAUGGCCAAAGGAUGAGAAGCAGGAAAUUAGUAGUCUCCGGAAGACUACGGUGGUGCGUCUCCCUGCGACGAUGGUUCCUCGAAGGAGCAAUUCGGCGGUUUUGGCGGAACAGGAGGUGGCCGCAAGGAGAGCGCUUGCAAUCAGGCGCGCUACCCAGGACAAGGACAGUACCUCGGAUAAAGAAAUUUUCCUCUUCGUCACCUCUAGAGGUGAGACGCUAUUCACGCAGAUGUGGACGCCUGUUUUGAUUAAUAUCAAGGGAAUUGCUAUUAUUUUACAUGGCCUGAAUGAGCAUAGUGGCAGAUACAGCGACUUUGCAAAGCAGCUUAAUGCCAAUGGCUUUAAAGUUUAUGGAAUGGAUUGGAUUGGACAUGGAGGAAGUGAUGGGCUGCAUGGCUACGUACAUUCUCUUGAUCAUGCUGUUAGCGACAUGAAAGCAUUUGUCAAGAAGGUCACCACAGAAAAUCCCGGUCUUCCAUGUUUUUGCUUUGGACAUUCCACAGGUGCAGCCAUUGUCUUAAAGGCAUUGUUAGAUCCAAAGAUUAAAGCCCUCAUAGAAGGUGUGGUGUUCACUUCACCAGCGCUACGAGUUCAGGCAUCCCAUCCAAUCGUUGGGAUGCUGGCUCCUAUUUUCUCAUUAUUAUUACCAAGGUAUCAAUUCAGGGGUGCAAAUAAGAAGGGAAUGCCAGUCUCUCGUGACCCCGAGGCACUAGUAGCCAAGUACUCAGACCCACUUGUUUACACUGGUUCAAUGAGGAUCAGGACUGGCUCAGAGAUUCUGCGAAUCACAACCUAUUUGCAGCAGAACUUAAGAAAACUAAGUGUACCAUUUCUAGUUCUCCAUGGCACUGCUGAUACUCUUACUGAUCCUGAAGGUUCACUAAAAUUGUUUGAAGAAGCUUCAUCAACUGACAAAUCGAUCAAAUUGUAUGAAGGAUUCUUACAUGAUCUCCUUUUCGAGCCUGAACGAGAGGAUAUUGCCAAGUACAUCAUCGACUGGUUUAAUUCUAGGGUGAAGGUUUAAGGGAGAGCAUGAAGGGAAUGUUGCCAAGUACCACGAUAACCUUGACAUAAGAAGAUGGCAAAAUUGCCAGUUUGGCAUGCAAUUUUUUCCUCGAUUGCCAGUGAGUUCAAGGGUUAAUAUAUGAUUAAUUUCAGCAUUCUUAUGUCAGAAUUUGCAGUAUCUGCAUUGUAUAUGGUAGAAACAAGCUUUUUAAGUAAUGAUUUAAGAGGGAAAAUUGAUUUCA